AUGUGCCAACACCCACUUCACGAGUUCCUUGCAGGCCUGCCCAAGUGCGAGCACCAUGUUCACCUGGAGGGCUGCUUAACACCCGAGCUGAUCUUCCAGCUCGCGGCACGCAAUGGUGUUACCCUCCCAACCGAUGACCCAGCUUUCGCCUCCAUCGAAGCCCUAGCAGACCGCUAUGAGCGCUUCGCCAAUCUCGACGAUUUCCUGCACUACUACUUCGAGGGCAUGGCCGUUCUGCAGUCUGAAAGCGAUUUCGCUGAUCUCGCCUGGGCCUAUUUCCUGAAAGCCCACGCUGAUGGCGUGCACCACGCAGAAGUCUUCUUCGAUCCGCAGGUCCACCAAGACCGCGGAAUUCCCUAUGAGACCAUCGUGGCUGGAUUCUCUGAAGGCUGCAAGCGCGCAGAGCGCGAGCUGGGUCUUAGCACCAAAUUGAUUCUCUGCUUCUUGCGCCAUUUGCCUGUUGCAUCGGCUAAUAAGCUGUAUGAGAAGUUCCUUGCUUCGGGUGAUUAUGAGAAGGGUACUAUUCAUGGACUGGGAUGGUCUUCAUCUGAGGUUGGUCCCCCAAAGGACAUGUUCCGGGAGAUUUAUGCCUCGGCAAGAGAGAAGAACAUUCGUCUUACGGCGCAUGCGGGUGAAGAGGGAGAUUCGACAUAUAUUAGUACCGCUUUGGAACUUGGUGCGACGCGAAUUGAUCAUGGAAUCAAUUUGAUUCAGGAUCCGGAGCUUAUGAAGCGGGUUGCACAGGAGAAUAUCUUGUUGACUGUGUGUCCUGUGUCGAAUGUUAAGCUUCAAUGUGUGAAGUCUGUUGCCGAGGUGCCAAUUCGCAAGUUCCUGGAGGCGGGUGUGAAGUUCUCGAUUAACAGUGAUGAUCCUGCAUACUUCGGAGCUUACAUUCUGGAGAACUACUGCGCCGUUCAGGACGCACACAAGUUAUCUGUGUUGGAGUGGAGGAUUGUGGCAGAGAAUGCGGUGCAAGAGAGCUGGAUCUCUAAUGAGAGGAAAGCGGAGAUUUUGGAGAGCAUCACAGCGCAUGUGAACAAGUACCUGUAG